AUGGGUAAACAUUCAGUAGGCUCCCAGUGCACUGAAAGCACAAUUUCGGACGGCCACUGCAGUCUAGGAGAUGGCCCUGCCCUUCGUACUGCAACCACCAAGCCCCCUGUUGACGGCGCUGGCCGCGAGGAUUUCCCCUGACGCGAACGGCCACUCUGGCAACCAGCUUUGCUGUA